GUAAAGUAGAUACAUACACGCUUGCAUGAGAACAAAGAAGACCAGAGUGAGGAAAGUGAGUAAGAGGUAUAGAAAAACCAGCAGCGUGGCGACAUGUGGCGGAAAAAGGAGGGGUAUGGGCAGCCAUAAUAGAAGGCUGCGAGUAAGCGGCCACCACGAUAACGUCGCCAAGGAAAGACCCGACAAGUAAGUGCCUGAAAAAGACCAUUCAACCCAGGAGGGGACACAAACAAGCCAGACAGUACGACCGUAUGACGCCCAACCUGUAGUGUACAUCAAACAAGCGACGAACAGUACAAUCCCCAGGCAGCCGCACCCCGUAUGGCCCCAUAGAACUGACACCAUCAAACCCACCUGACAACACCCAGCCAGCCAAGUAUGAUCCCUGCCUGCACUCAUUCCCUGCCCUUUCUCCUUCUUCUUAUCCUUGGUGACGAAAGUAUCCUUGGGGACGAAAAUAGGGGCCGUUGGCGGGGUUCAGAUGACUCCAGGUGUGCAGCAUGCCUUGCUUGUGGGCAGGCUGGUAGGGUGGGAGGCUGGUAGCCGUCUGCAUGGACGCCAGCGACGGGUUGCUCGUGGAGCGGGAGAAGAUCUGGCCCUCACGGUCGAGCUCGUCCUGCUGCUCCUCCGUGAUUGGCGUCAGCACGGGGUGCGACGCGUUGGCACUGUGCGCUGCAUGGGGUGGGCAAGAGGGGAGCCGCUGGUCAGGGGGUGAGUAGGGGGUGGGAUAUGGGCAUGUGGGCGGGUGAGAGAGUGGGGGCUGCUGAUGCGGUCCAGAGGGAGUGGACGACGCCGCCGGCAUGGACGCCACAGACGCACCGGGAGGGAGGAAGGGGACAUACGGCAUGGGCGGCGCCAUCGGCGCCAUAUAUGGCGCUGGCGCCGUCGACGUGCCUGGCGCCG